AUCCAUUAUGGCGGAGAUGUACACUACUUUCUUGCGUUGUAUCUGUUCUUUUCUACACAAAUCUAUGACUGUGUAGGAUUGUUAUUCGCAUUAUUAUUUUUUGAGAAUAAAUCACAUGGAGGAGCCAAAGCCACUAACAUCGAGGAAAAGAAAACGACAUGAUUGGUGGGCCAAACAUAGACCAAAGGAAGGAAAAGUUCUGAAGAAAUCUGACAAAACAGAUAAGCCAGUUAAGACCUCAGAGAAAAAGAAACAAACCUCUGAAGCAACUGGAGAAGAAAAUGAACAAGCUAUUGACAAACUUGAUAAUAAAGACAAGAACAAAAGAUACAUACUGAAACAGCAAAACAUUUUCAUCACAGCAGACGAAAGUGUGCAAGUAUUAGUGAUAAUAAACAGCUAUUCUGUCUGUUUGUCAAUAGAUAACAUUAAAGAAUUUCGACUCAUGACCAAGAAGAGUGGAGAGUCAAAGGGUUGUGGAUUUAUUGAAUUUGGUGACAAGGCUAGUUAUUGGAAAGCACUGAAUUUACAUCACAGUGUUCUAGCUGGAAGAAAGAUAAAUGUAGAGGUAACAUGUGGAGGCGGAGGUAAAGGAGAAAACAGAGUGAAAAAACUGCAACAAUGUAAAUUAAAGUUUCAGCAAGGAAGGAAAAGAAGGUCAACAACUUCUACAAAAGUCAAAUCAAAACAGAAGGAUGAUACAAGCUGUAAUACAUAGACUUGAAUUAUAUUUAUUUCAUAAUAAAAAGAAACUUCUUGUUAAAUUAUGUCUAAUAUUGUUUAGUUUUAUCUUUUUUCUCUGAAAAUGAAUUCAAAAAAGGAAUUAAAUUUACUAGUUUUAUUUUUUAAUUUUUUUUUGCAACAAACCGAAACAACAUAUUAAUUUGCAUGAAUCAUAUAGCCAAUAUAGUGAAAAUAAAAUAAAAAAAUUAAUCUUUGUACUGAUCUGUAAAAAUAUCAUUCGUCCCUGUAGAGCCCAAGAAUUCUUGUUGCAAUUUUAUUUAUAAGUCUUUAAGGGUUAUGUUGAGUUGUUUGUGGCUGUGAGAUUGUGAGAAGAGGGCUUAUUAAAAUCCAUACUUUUA